GGCUAUUUAUUGUAUCGUCACGUGAACUCGUGAAGUUGAAGGUCUGUCUGCCGUCUGGUGAUGACUGGUGGCAGUAAUUAGACAGUUGGCGGUGCUAAUACUAUGUAAUAUGCUGGUACAAAUGCAGUGUAUAAAUACACUUUCAUUUUUUAACAUUCAACUGGCCUGCUAAGCCAGCACUAUUUAUACUAAAUAUAUGCACUUCUACCUUGCUCGCCAUGACGAGGAUAGUAGAAGCACAAAAACUAAAUGUAGAAGCAAGGACAACUGCAAUCUCGUGGACAGGCGGGAAGGAUUGCAAUUUGUCCCUGCUACAUGCGUGGAGAGAGCCAUCGUUGCGUGUUACUGCAUUAGUCGUGUUCAGACCCGAAGGAGCUGUGUUCAAAGCCCACCCUCUAAGCUUUAUGCAAGCACAGGCUGACAGCUUACAACUGCCUCUCAUACACGCAAUGCUGCCGAAGGACCCCGCGUGUUACAAGCUAGCAUACGCUGAUACAAUAAAAAAGCUACAUGCCGAUCAUGGAAUUGAAACCAUAGUAACAGGCGAUAUGGACUUAGUUGGGGAUCAGACACGUAACUUUAUCACCGAGUGUGCUGAGAUGGCUGAAAUUGGCGUAUGGUUGCCACUGUGGCAAGCUGGUCGGUUGAGAUGUCUUGAAACACUGAUUGCUGAAAAGUUCGAGGUUGUCUUCUCGUGUGUGAAGAGUCCUUGGUUCGAUGGCAGAUGGAUUGGGCGAUCACUAUCCCCCGAGAUAGUAAGAGAAAUGGAGCAAAUGGCACUAAAACCGCCUGAGGGCAGCCCAGAUUCUAAACCCUUAGACUUGGGUGGAGAAAGGGGAGAGUACCAUACCAUGUGCAUAAACGGUCCUCUGUACCAUGAUCGGGUGACCACGCAGUCGACGGAAAGUAACGAAUUAAUUGAACAAAGGGGCCAGAAGGAAGGAGAGCGGUGGUGGACUAUAGGCGUAUGAACCACCCGUAUGUAGAGUUGAGUACAGGCAGUAGUAUCUGUUUACGUAAGAAAGGUGGAGAUAAAUUGAGCGUGGGCACAUAAGGUGGGUAUAGCCACCUAUGCGCUGAAACAAUAAUAAAAAUUAGACUGUGC